AUCGAAGUUGCUGAUAACUGCCACAAAAUGUUCAAACUUUUGGUACUUUUCGCUCUUCUUGCUUUUGCUUUCGCUGCUCCUAAACCUGCACCACAAUAUUUCUACUCCGGACUUUAUGGAGGAUACACUGGAUUAGGUUACGGCUACGGAUAUUCUGCCCUUCCUUAUGGCUAUGGAGGAUAUGGAUAUUACUAUUAAUAAACCCAUGCUCUUCAUGAUUUUUUCUACUAAUAAAUUGUGACAAAAAGUA